AUUCAGUUUUUUUACUCAAAAAUUUAUUAUAUUGAAUUUAAACAAUUUUAGUAAGAAUAUCCUAUAUUGUCAUGGAUAUAUCAAAUCCUACAUUAGCUUGGAUAGAAAAUAGAUGUUAUAGAGUUUGUGAUAAUACAUAUGUAACUGAUAAUGAUGAAAUUGCACCAUAUACAGAGGAAGUAUACGAUCCAUAUGAAUUAAAUAAUUUAGAAUUUGAAGAUGAAUCUAUUGAAAUUACUCCAUAUAAAGGAAGUCUUUAUAAGCACAGUUUUCAAGUGAAUAGUAAUUUAUAUGGUAUGAUUAUUGGAGCUAAAGGUGCUACAUUGAAAAGAAUAAAAUUAAGUACAAAUACUAAAAUUAAUGUGCCUAAAUUGGGUCAAGAAGGCAGUAUAGUUAUUAUUGGAGAGAAUAAAAAAAAUAUUAUAACAGCUAGAUAUCAAAUUAAUUGCAUAAUAGAAAAUGCAAGAAGUAAAAUGCAACCUACUCAUUUUCUUGGAAUACCAACAAAUAGUGAAAAUAUUGUUGAUCAGUUUACAAAAUUUAAAGAUAAUAUUUUAAAUAAUUAUGCUAAUGAUGAAGGAAUUGUAGAAAAUAUUUUUCAAAUUCCUAAUAAAUUACAUGUUACUAUAGUUACAUUAAUUUUACUAGAUGAAAUAGAACGUAAAAAAGCUAUAGAUGUUUUUGAAGCUUGUCAUAAAGAUGUUAUUAAGCCAUUUUUAGAUAAAAGUGGACCCAUAACAAUUGUAUUUAAAGGUUUAAAAUGCAUGAACCAGAAUUCAAGUAAGGCUAGGGUUUUAUAUUGUUCCAUUCAUAAUGAAGAAGGUUAUUUGCAAGAAUUAUUGGAUAAAAUUGCUGAAUAUUUCAUUGAUCAAGGAGUAGCAACAACAAAAUUUAAUAAAGUUAAGAUGCAUAUGACACUGAUGAAUGUUAGAUAUAUACAUCUUAGGUCACAGGAGUCGAAUGAUAAAACAAUAUUAUCGUUUGAUGCGACUAAUAUUUUAAAGAAUCAUGAGGAUACUUAUUUAGGCCAAAUAAAUUUAUCAACUAUUCAUCUUUCCCAAAUUCAUACCAAGACUGAAGGUGGUUAUUAUAAAGCAACAGCAGAAAUCAAUUUAAUAAAUAGUUGAAUAUCUGUUGAAAUAUAAAUAAAUUA